AUGCUCAUGUUGUUGUUAAUAGUUUGGAGGAAAAAACUUGGAUGGUGUGGUUCGCCGUUAUACGCCAAUCAAGGCCCUAGUGGGUUAAUCGCGUUUAGAUACACUGAUUUAGCUCAUGCUACAAAAAACUUCUCUGAACAUUUGGGAACAGGUGGUUUUGGUUCUGUAUAUAAAGGAUCACUAAGUGACUCGACUACUAUAGCAGUAAAAAGGCUUGAUGGUGCCCGCCAGGGGGAGAAGCAAUUCAGAGCUGAGGUGAGCUCAAUUGGACUGAUUCAACAUGUUAACCUAGUCAAAUUGAUUGGUUUCUGUUGCCAAGGUGAUAACAGAUUACUUGUGUAUGAGCAUAUGUUUAAUGGAUCUCUUGAUGGACAUCUAUUUAAGAGCAAUGCCGUCCUGAAUUGGGACAUUAGGUACCAAAUAGUACUAGGAAUCGGUAGAGGACUAUCCUACUUGCAUCAGAGUUGUCGCGAGUGCAUCAUACACUGCGAUAUUAAGCCAGAGAACAUACUGCUCGAUGCAUCAUUUUUUCCUAAAAUUGCAGACUUUGGGAUGGCAGCUUUUGUGGGCAGGAAUUUUAGCCGAGUCUUGACUACAUUCAGAGGAACUGUAGGUUAUCUCGCCCCAGAGUGGCUUAGUGGAGUUGCUAUCACACCCAAAGUUGAUGUUUACAGCUUUGGCAUGGUACUGUUUGAGAUCAUAUCAGGAAGAAGAAAUUUACCUGAAGCAUGUACUGGCAGCGGUGAUCGUGUUGAUUAUUUCCCUGUGCAAGUCAUCAACAAGCUUUGUGGGGGAGAUAUGCAGAGUUUGGUCGAUCCACAACUACAUGGUGACUUUGAUUUGAAACAGGCUGAGAGGGUUUGCAAAGUGGCAUUAUGGUGCAUCCAAGAUGACGAGUCCGAUAGGCCGACGAUGGGUGAAGUGGUUCGGGUUCUCGAGGGUCUCCAGGAGAUCGACAUGCUUCCGAUGCCAAAGCUACUUGCAGCUAUAACUGGACGCCCUAAUGGAACUUCAGUGUAA